UGCAGCAUUGGGUCGAGCAUGUUUUGUAGAGGUAUUGUAAUUUAAGAUUUGAGAGCAAGUAAAACAUCUUUCAAUGUAGCACAGAGGUGAGUUUAUUCGAGGUUGCAGUGGCACAUCGCAUGUGCCUUUUAGAGUUCUUUUAAAAUGUCGGAUAAAUAGAAGAGUUUCUAACCGUUAUUCGGUCAGUCGAUGUUUUGAUGAUCUUGCUUUUUACACCGGGCUGCAGUGAAAAUAUGAUAAACUGUACGAGACUGCAGAACAGCAUGUUGACAACACUACUAAAGUGACAUUAGUGUAGCAUUAACGUUUCAUUCUGUUGUCCGCCACACGACCAAAUAAUGCAGCUAAUUUGAUUCAACCCAUCACGUUGUACUUGGCACGUAGGCUGUGGCAGUGUUGUUGCCAGAGGACAGAAGCUCAGUUGAAUUUGAUCCACAGGGCGAACAGAUUUUGACUGUUCAGUUUCGUCCACUGCCAGUCGCAACAGCAGGCAGAAAGAUGUCACUCCUCGAAGACAUCGUUGAUCUUCUGAGAUGUGUCCUUGAAUAUUUUGGAGUUCCUCCUGACAUGCUUGUUCCGGUAUGGGACAACCAACACUGCGGGCAGUACAGAAGCAUCGUCCGGAUGAUAGGCACCAACUUGCCCCUGAAUCCUUACCCACGACUGCACUUUCAAAUUCCUUUGCAAUCAUACAAGAAACAUGGGCAGCUGGAAAUUACAGUGGACAGUCCAGUAACUCCGUCCUUCGCUGAUGUGCUGUGGGUAGCAGAGGAGGUGGACAACCACUUCACUACAUUCAGGAAUGCUGCUCCGUGGAAAAGAAGCCAGGUGCCUCAAGUGUUUGUCUCAGCCCCGGCGGAGACGGUUGCGGGCCCUGUGCCCUUCAAAUCCUCAGCCCAGCUUGGUAGCCGGAUGCUGGGGCAAAGAACAAAUCCAGACGCCCUGAAGAAGAUCUCCGCACUGGAGGACGAACUUUUGAAGCUGCGUGCACAGAUUGCAAUGAUAGUCACAACUCCUUCAGGUUCCACGUCCCCUCAUGAUGCCCCAGGCUCCCCUUGUCGCUCCUCGAUCCCUGCCCCUGUUCAGACCUCCACCCCUCGAGCUGCUCCUCCUCCACCUCCGCCUCCUCCUCCACCCCCGCCUCCUCCUCCCCUUCUCCUCUCCGCUUCUCCAGCGCCCUCUGCCCUGGACACUAUUAAACAGAGAAGGGCACUGAACAAAGGUCUCCCCAGGAAGAGUGAGUUGUCAGCAGCCUCAGCCUCCAGUGGGGUCCCUUCCAUGCUGGAUGUGCUGAAGGACUUGAACCAGGUCAAACUCCGCACAGUAGACAGGUCGCCGGGGGGGACGCCGGUGAGGAAGAGGAGGAGCAAGGGCAUGGUCUGCUCCUCGGACCCCGCUGCUCUGAUCGCAGAAGCGCUGAGGAAGAAGUUUGCCCAUCGCCAGCGAGAGGACUCUUUCGAUAAGGAGAACCGGUCGGCUGAGCUGUCCCCCUUUGGAAGCCCGGAGGCUCCCGUUAUACCAAAACACACCAGACGCAGCCAGGGCCGAAUUCACCUCUAACCUGCUGAUCAACACGCGUCGCUCACCAGCAACCAUCCUCACCAGAGAUGGAAACGUUUUGUUUUGACUACUGCUAUUGCUGCUCUUAGUGCUUGAGGUAUUUUGUCUGUUGUUGUUUUUUUUUCUUUGUCUUGAGGGCCGUUUUAGUGUUGCCAAGCUAAAACGAGAACCAUUUCUUUGUUGGGUUAGUCAGUGUGUUUACUCAAAUGUUGUGUUUCUUUACCGGUACUAAAAUGGAGCAAAUAAUUCAAUACGUUUUUUUUAUUUUA